CGUCACCCAGGCAUGACAAUGUUCAAUAAUUAAAAGUGACCCCUGUUCCUGUCCCUUUUCUUUGCGUUAUUACGGUAACAGCACCCGGAAAUGCGCGAAUAUUCAGAUAUUCUUACGUUCGUACAAGUAUGAUACAAAGAUCCGUGUUGUUCAUAUUCAGUGCUAUAACCGGCACCGUAGUAUUUCCGCGUGAAAUGCCGAAACACGUUCUGUGGAUGACUGCGCUUUCGCUGUAACCGUCUCCGUAGAAACGCGGCUUGGAGUCUUUUGUGACAUUGUUGUCGCCGCUACCCCACGUGUUGCAGAAGAGACCACCGAGCGAGCUGCAUCGACAGCUUGAAGUCAUCGCUGUCACUGCAAGCUAUUACGAUUCUGUAGUCUUUACAGUUCACAUCUCCCAGUCCUUCCAAAGGCUAUACAAUGAGUGAAUACUUCUCGCUGUCGGAGUGUGAUGUAAUUGGCUUUGAUUUGGACCACACGCUCUGUCGAUACAAUUUGAAGGAGACCUCCAGGCUGAUCUAUGAGAGUUUUGCACGGUAUCUGGUGGAACAUAAGGGCUAUGAUAAAGAUCUGCUUCUUUUAACACCCGCUACUUGGGACUUCUGUUUUAAAGGUCUUGUGGUGGACCUUGAGGAGGGCAACCUGAUCAAGUUGGCAGAGGACGGUACUGUCUUGCGAGCAACUCAUGGCACUAAAAAUCUUAGUACUGAUGACAUCAUAAAGCAUUACGGUCCAAAAAGAGAAUGGAAGCAUUUUAAUAGCCUCAAUACCUCGUAUACACGAUCUGCAAAAUACUAUUUUUAUGACAACUAUUUUGACCUCCCUGGUGCUCUUCUCUGUGCCAGAGUGGUGGAUAUGUUGAAUAAGCGUGGAGCUGAAAUCACAUCUGACAUUUGGAAAGACAUUGUUGCUGCCAUUGACCAUAAUUACAACACAUCUGCAUUUCGGGAGGACACUGGGACGUAUUUCCCCAGUGUGAAGUGCUGUCCUGGCAGUUACCUGCAGCCCUGCUCAGAUGCGGUGAAGAGAUGGUUGAGGAGCAUGAAGAACAGCGGGAAAAUCCUGCUGCUCAUCACCAGCUCACACUCGGACUACUGCCGCCUCGUGUGCGAGCACAUACUCGGAAUGGACUUUGAGGAGCUGUUUGACAUCAUUAUCACUAAUGCUCUGAAGCCUGGAUUCUUCUCUUUGGUUCCACAGCAGAGACCUUUCAGAACGCUUGUGAAUGAUGUUGAAGAUAGUGAAGGGCUGCCGUCUCUGGAAAAGCCUGGUUGGUAUUCUCAGGGCAACUGGCCUCAUCUACAUGAACUACUGAAGACCAUGACCAACAAAUCAGAGCCCAAGGCCCUGUUCUUCGGGGGGAGUGUUCGAUCGAGGCAUUUUCGGCAAGCUCCAGUCUGGGAGACGGUGAUGAUAGUGGAGGAGAUGGAGGGGGAGGGUGUUCCACGUGCUAACGCGACCCCCAGUAACAGCCCCACCCCGAGUGAAGGGCCGGCGGAGAAAAAGGGCAAAUUUGAGGAUCAAGGAAUGAAAUCUCCUUCAGCUGUAUCAAACCAGUGGGGCUCAUAUUUUGUGGACGUGCAAAAGAAUGAAGGAGAGGAGACACGGAGACUCACCUGGUGUUGCCACAGUAUCCACACAUACAGCACCAUGGCUAUACCCAGCAUUGAGGCUAUAGCAGAUCUUCCUCUAGACUUCAAGUUCCAGAGAUUCUCUUCAGAUAAGCCCAUCACGACAGGUUAUUACCCCAGACCUCCAGACUCACUGCUGAAAUGGGAAGAGAACUAGUCCCAAACCCUCACGCCUGUCAGCAUAGGCCAGGAGGUUGUUUCACCGUUACGUUCUGGAGCUUCACCACAGAGCUAGACCAUCCAUUCGUCCAAUCAGUGAUAAAGCUGUGUGAAUGUAACACCCAGAGCACCCAGAGUCUGUGUAUUUUCUUCUCACCCCUUCCUGAAUCACUACAGUAUACACAGUAUGAAGUUGUGUCUGUACACGUGCUGAAAUAUCCGUACAUUGAUCAUUGGAUGUAGGAGGAAGUCACAGUGUAUUGUGUCUCACCCAGCGUCGUGCACUCACUACCAUUAAACUACUUUUAAUGGUGUACAGAGAAAAAAAAAACGUAGCUUUCCCAUGAGCUCUGUGUGUUUUUUUGUUUUGUUUUGUCCUGUUUUUAUGAAGGGAAUGUUAUAUGACCUCAGAGGAUUUGU